AUGUCUUUCGGUGAUGCUCCGCUACAGGCUGCGGUGAAUUUUUGCCGACUUUAUACGUCCGUGCUGGCUAAUUUACCCAGGCCUCCGAUACAGUUAAUGGAGGCUGUAAUUUGCAAUUUACAGCAUACUUUCUCCUUUGGCAUUGUCAGAAAUCUAGGGAAGCGAAUCAGGGUUCCCAAACGCCUGAGGUUGUGUUACCCUUUCCCUACUGCUCCUCCUGUGGAUCCAUUUGCAAAAAUCAGAGUGGAUGACUGUGGAAAAACCAAGGGAUGCUUCAGGUACGGUAAACCUGGAUGCAAUGCAGAGACUUGUGACUACUUUCUAAGUUACCGUAGAAUAGGAGCUGAUGUUGAAUUUGAGUUGAGUGCUGAUACCGAUGGCUGGGUGGCGGUAGGAUUUUCCUCAGACAAGAAAAUGGGAGGAGAUGAUGUCAUGGCUUGUGUUCAUGACGAUAACGGAAGAGUCCGAAUACAACACUUCUAUAAUGUUGGUCAGUGGGCUAAAGAAAUCCAGAGAAAUCCUGCUAGAGAUGAAGAAGGGGUUUUUGAAAACAAUCGCGUAACAUGUCGAUUCAAGCGUCCUGUAUAUGUUCCCCGAGAGGAAACCAUCGUAGAUCUGCACCUGAGUUGGUACUAUCUGUUUGCUUGGGGUCCAGCAAUUCAGGGUUCUAUAACUCGUCAUGAUAUAGACUCACCACCUGUAUCAGAGCGCGUUGUCAGUAUUUACAAGUAUGAAGAUAUUUUCAUGCCAUCAGCUGCCUAUCAGACCUUCUCUUCUCCAUUCUGCUUGCUCCUCAUUGUUGCACUGACCUUCUAUUUAUUGAUGGGAACCCCAUGACCGAUGGAAAAUAGCAAGAAUUUGUCAGUGGAAGUUUCUCAGGAUGGACUGCUAUAUGGACGGACGAUGCAUUUUUCUAUUGGAAUUUGUAUCACACCACCAUCAGCAUCUAGCUGCUUUUGAACAUAGUUAGCUUCUCAGAAGAAUGAAAUAACCGUCUCCUUUGAGUGGCAGAGUGGCAACAAAUCAUUUAAGAAUAAUCAGUGAACACAUAGGAGAAUAUUUUCAGUGUUGUGACUACUUGCUUAAAGAAAAGGAGACUUUUGUAAAAUCAAUGUGCGUGCCUGUGUGCGUGUGUAUGUGUUUUUGGGAGGGGUGUCUGUAUGUGUGUUUAGGCAAAACAUCUUAUCAAAUAACAAAAUUGCCUUCCAAAUUGCUCCCAAGAAGCAAAUUUGGGAAAACAUUAUAAUGCUGUUUGGUAGUUCUGGUGCAGACGGUGCAACUCCAAGCGCAGUUUCUGAACUUAAGAUCAGGAUACCAACACAGCAGUAUAAAGCCUGCCCUUCA